CUUGUAGAAGAAAAUAGACUCUCCCAUCUGUCGCAGAACCUGCCCUGCUGCUGACCUACACUCUAGGGACUUUGGGCAACCCUUGGUGGUCACAUGGUAGAGGGAAAGCCUUCAAAAACCGGGAGUGUCCACUCGAGACCUCAGUCUUCUUCCAGUGCACCAGACUGGUCAAGUGAAACGCCUCUGAGACGCCAUCAUGUCUGACACUGAGGAGAUUGUGGAGGAGUACGAGGAAGAGGAAGAGGAAGAGGAGGAGGAAGAGGAGGUGAUUGAGGAGGAAGAAUGUGAAGAAGAGCAAGAACUGGAUGAGGAUGAAGAGGAGAAAAGAGAAGACCUUUCAGAAGAGAACGAGCACGAGGAAGAGUCCAAGCGCCGACCGAAGACCACUUAUGUUCCAAAUAUUGCUCCACCAAAGCUGCCAGAUGGCGAGAAAGUGGAUUUUGACGACCUCCACCGUAAGAGGGUGGAAAAAGACUUCAACGAUCUUCAGACCCUCAUCGAGCUGCAUUUCACCAAUCGCCAGAAGGAGGAGGAAGAGUUGAUUGCCCUGAGGAACCGCAUUGAACGCCGCCGCUCUGACAGGGCUGAGCAACAGCGCGUCCGUGCCGAGCAGGAACGUGAGCGGCAGGCCAGGCUGGCGGAGGAGAGGGCUCGACGUGAGGGGGAGGCUGCCAAGAUAAAAGCAGAGGAAGAGGCCAAGAAGAAGAAGAUCUUCACAAACAAGUCCUUCGGUGGAUACCUCCAGAAAGUGGACCAGAGGAAAGGGAAGAAGCUGACAGCACGAGAAGAGAAGAAGAAAGCCCUGUUGGAACGUCGCAGACCUCUGAACAUCGACCACCUGAACCAGGAAAAGCUGGCAGAGAAAGCCCACGAUCUGUGGGAGUGGCUCCAUCAGCUGCACGCCGAGAAGUUCGAGCUCGCUGAGAAGCUCAAGAAGCAGAAGUACGACAUCUAUGUGCUCCGCAACCGUGUCAGUGACCACCAGAGGGGCUCCAAGGCAGCAAAGACCACCCGCGGCGCAAAGGGCAAGUCUGGCUCCUGGAAAUGAAGAAGAGCCGCAGUUUUUGGACUUUGAGCCUUCUGAACUCAACUUGCGUUGCAUGAACCAUCCUCAGUCAAAGUCCUUUGCACUGAGUCAUUCAAAUUUGUAUCCAAAGUGUAAUUAUGACAGUCAAAU